GGAGGAUGCCAACCAGGCUGGAGAGCUCUUGGUACGGUUACCUGUCAGGUUUUUGCGGCUCCGGAUGACUCAUUACUACAGAGACGGACACUGGCGCCUAAUGUAGCGAGGACCAUGCGCGAAGAAACGCCUGCCCAACCCCGCCGCAUUUCGAGUGGCGCGCUCGCGGAGGACACCACAUCGACAAGUAAAGGAGAACGCUCGGGCGCUGCGGGUCAAGAGGGGCAACAGAAUCCUGUGCGCGCAAAAAGCCGGACAAAUAUCAGCGCGGGAGUAGUGCUCGCCAACCUCCCGCAGGGUAUCUCCGCCAAGGACCUUACGACAAUGCUCAGUCCUGUGGUUGUAAACACUAUUGUUGGACCUUUGCAACGCCCCAAACACUCCGACAUUAAGCAAUAUGAGCUCCCCGCAUUCAGCCAUCAGCAUGGAUUUGCCAUAGCUGAACUAGCGGAUGAAACACAAGUGAUCAGGGCAGUUACCUCUCUAGUUGGCACUACUAUAAACGGACAAGCGCUCGUAGUGCGCUCGUUCAAAGUACUACCAACCAACAAAUCCGGUUCGAAACGGCGCGUGUCUGGCACACCCGCCGUGUCCCCGUCGGAACCGAACCGCAAGAGGCAGAGAACAUGCGAGCCUAACAUGUCCGCGCCCGCAGAGCCGCUAACACCAGCCGCAGGGCCUUCGCAUACGCCCGCUUCCGACCCAGCGCCAGAACCGCCGGUCGAGUACGAAGACAUAAGCGCGGAGGUCGAGGCACGGCUGGCAGCACAGGCGGCGAAGCGAGCGGCAGCGCGCAAGGGCAAAGCGGGCGCCAAAAGAAAACGGUCAUCGGGUGGUUCUUUAGCCGACGCGACAGACGGCGUGAGGCGGAUGAGCGUAGGAGCAGCCGAGGAAGCGAAGGAGACAAGGCCGAAAAAGCGGGCGAGAGAUGCGGAGGAGAGUCCGGUCAACGGCUCGGCGAGGAGCACCCCACAAACGACGACGGAGUCGGAGAUGGACGGCGCGAGGGCGGCGAGCAGCAGGGAGAUCAGGAGGGGCAGGCGGAAGAGGCUGCAGAAGCAGACAACGGAUCUUCCCCCUGGUAUGACUUCUAAUGGCGAGCAGGGGCAGGUUGACGAUAACCCGAGACCGCAGAAACGGUGGAGGGCAGACGUCGCGGUGAACGAGUCGGCUUGGGUACGCUAGGCAUGGAAUACGAAUAACGCAUUGGACACGAUUGGGGUAUUGUAUAUACUCGACCAGGUCCUUGUUGGGUCAAGUAUACCACCAGGACACUCACGUCUCUAGCAGAAUCCAAACAACCCAUUAUAGGGCAGUAUGUUGUGCUUCCAAACUCUUUUGAGACGUCAUGAAGCAUUUAUGCCAUCAAAUGGGUUAUCGGAUGC